UUUAUUUUGGGUGGAUGGCCAUGAAGUCUCGCGAUAGCACUUCCGCUUCCCAUAACUCCGUGCGUUCGGCCCUCCCACCCUCUUUCCGCCAUCUUUCCGCGCCGGCACCAUGGUGCGCAUGAAUGUCCUGGCUGAUGCUCUCAAGAGCAUCAACAAUGCUGAGAAGAGAGGCAAACGCCAGGUCCUCAUCAGGCCCUGCUCCAAAGUCAUCGUUAGGUUCCUAACUGUGAUGAUGAAGCAUGGUUACAUUGGUGAGUUUGAAAUCAUCGACGACCACAGAGCUGGGAAAAUCGUUGUGAACCUCACAGGCAGGUUGAACAAGUGUGGGGUGAUAAGCCCUAGAUUUGAUGUGCAACUCAAAGACCUAGAAAAAUGGCAGAACAAUCUGCUCCCAUCCCGUCAGUUUGGCUUCAUUGUACUGACAACCUCAGCUGGCAUCAUGGACCAUGAAGAAGCAAGACGAAAACACACAGGAGGAAAAAUCCUGGGAUUCUUUUUCUAGAGAUGUAAAACACAUUAAUAAAAAGCCUCCAUGGACUAUG